AUGGCGCGCUACAAGGUGGAAAUCGCCGCACUCAGCGAGACCCGAUUCUCCGAAGAAGGCCAACUGGAGGAGGUGGGUGCCGGCUACACCUUCUUCUGGAGCGGUCGACCCAGGGCAGAGCGACGGGAUGCGGGUGUCGCCUUCGCCACCCGGAACGACAUCGUGGGACGACUGCCCUUUUUGCCGCAGGGCAUCAACGAUCGCCUGAUGAGCCUCCGUCUGCCUCUCCGCCGGGGUGGGGGCAAAUUCGCCACCAUCAUCAGCGCCUACGCUCCGCCGAUGAGCAGUCCCGACGCCACCGCAAGAGACAAAUUCUACGAGGACCUGCACGCCCUCUUGGCGACUGUGUCGAAGGCGGACAAGUUGAUUGUCGUUGGUGAUUUCAACGCCCGCGUCGGCACAGGCCACACUGCCUGGAGAGGAGUGCUGGGACCCCAUGGUCUCCGCGGCUCAAACGACAAUGGUCUGCUGCUGCUCCGCACCUACGCAGAACACCGCCGCAUCCUUACGAACACGUUCUUCUGUCUGCCGGAGCGAGAGAAGGCCACCUGGAGGCAUCCUCGGUCACGUCAGUGGCACCUGCUGGACUAUGUCCUCGUCCGGAGGCGAGAUCAGCAGGACGUACUGGUGAAGAAGGCGAUCGCGGGUGCUGACGGGUGGACCGACCAUCGCCUCGUCAUCUCGCAGAUGUGUAUUCGCCUACAGCCUCGCAGGAGACCACAAGGUAAACGCUCCCCAGGUGAGCUGAAUGUUGCCUUGUUGUCUUUGCCCGCUCACCAUCUUCAUUUCAGCAAUGAGCUAGCUCAAAGGCUAGACAACCUUCCAAUCGUUGCCACCAACGACGCCGCCGCCACUGCCGAGAACCCCUCCGUGGAGAACCGCUGUUGUCAAGUGCGAGACACGGUCCAGUCGAUGGCGCUCGCCGUCCUCGGUCGCGCUCCCCGCCAACACCAGGACUGGUUCGAUGACAACGACGCCGCCAUCAGCAAUCUGCUUGCUGAGAAGAACCGCCUACAUAAAGCCUACGUAGAUCACCCCACUGAGGACAACAAAGCUGCCUUCUACCGCAGUCUCCGCUAA